CCUCCCUCUCUGCCCCUCCUCCCCUCCUCCCACUGUCUCGCGGAUCCUCCCCAGCCUUCCUUUCGCCGUGCGCCAUCAUGUCCUUCUUUGAUGCCUUGGACGAGGCAAUCAUGUCCAAGUCGACGAGAGCCGAUGCCCCGCCUCCCGAUGCCCCGGCCGCCAUGCGCUUCCGUCGUCGCGGGGAGCUGAAUAAGGCCCCGCCUGCUCCGGAAAAGAAGUCCCCCUCGGCGCCGGCCGAGGCUGCCCCGGUCGACGAAGGCGACGAAAAGAAGCGCCCACGCGAGGGCGACUCGGCCGAGCCCUCGAGUAAGGCUCCCCGCGUGGAGGACGCCGCUAUUCCGGCGGAGUCGGACACAUUCGCCGCUCCGACUCCUCCUGUUGCUCCGGAAUCCGGGCUGCUGCUGUCCACGCGCGAGGUGGUCCGCCGGUUGCGGCGCCUGGGCGAGCCGAUUCGCCUGUUCGGCGAGUCGGACAAGGAGCGCGAAACGCGUCUUCGUGAGCUGGAGACCACCGGUGCCGGUGGUGAUUCCGAGGGCCAGCGAAACCUCACCCGCUCGACCAUGGCCCGUAUCGACAUGCAGCUCGAGGCGCAAUCCAUGCGCCAGGCCACCCUGACCUCCUCGUCGGAUGCGCCCACCCCGGGGAAGACUGGCGGCGAUGCCGAUGACCAGCCCUCCGGCGCCAGCGCCGAUGGCAAACCCGCCGAUACCGAUGGCAAGUCCGCCACCGGUGUGUUCGAGCACCGGAUUGACGACGAGGUCUACCGGCGGAGCACCAACCGUGUGUCACUUUUGAUUCACGACUAUCUCAAGUUCCUAACGAACAUGUGGGACCAGCGCCUCCUCUCGCGGCCGGACUACGAGCAGCGCUCGCGUCAGGGCCGUGAUGAUCGGCGCGUCUAUGAGGACACCAAGCUGCACAUCCAGCCUCUCCUUCGGCAUCUCCGCCGGCGGACGCUGGAGCAAGAUAUGCUUCAGCACCUGACGCGCAUUUGUGACUUCCUCCAGCGGCGUGAGUACCGCAAUGCCCUGGACACCUAUUAUUUGAUGAGUAUCGGCAAUGCCCCCUGGCCCAUGGGUGUAACCAUGGUGGGUAUUCACGAGCGCUCUGCUCGUGAGAAGAUUUCUUCCAACCAAGUGGCCCAUGUGCUCAACGAUGAACGCACUCGCCGGUGGAUUCACUGCCUCAAGCGCCUGAUGACCCUGACCCAGGACAUUUUCCCCCCCGAGGACCUGGUCCAGGCUGCCGGCUUCAUCCCGAAGCUGGACGACUAAACACACGCCGGCGAGCGACAACAGCCGUGCCCGGCUUCCCCCCCCCCCCUCGGCCCCCACCCCCGCCAGAAAACAAUAGAAGACAUGAACAGUC